CGCUCAGUACUCUUAUGUUGUUUUGGAUGAUGUUGCUAGUUCAUCAUGUCUUACAAGAACCAACUGGUUGUUUUGCUUGUGUAGAGGAAGAAAGGAUUGCUCUUCUUGAUAUCAAAUCAGUAAUUACUGAUCCAUUCUCCUCCUAUACGUCAUGGAAUAAGAGUUCUGUUGAUUGUUGUAGUUGGUAUGGAGUGCAUUGCUCACCCACAACAAAACAUGUCAAUCGAUUGGUUGUUACAUUUGCAUGGGAGAGUAACAGAACUCUAAACGUCUCCUUGUUCCAUCCUUUCCGGGAACUACGAAGCCUCAUUCUAUCAAGCAACGACUUUAACGGUUGCAUCCCUAGUGAUUGUUUUCAGAGUCUGGCAAAAUUGGACAACCUCAGACACUUGGAUCUCUCCUCCAAUAAAUUUUACUUUAUCAAUGUAUCCAGUGCCACAUUGAAGUUGAGCAAACUUAGAUACUUGGAUUUGUCCUACAAUAAAUUGAAUGAAAGCAUUGUUCCAUAUUUGGUUGGACUAUCUUCUCUCAAGGCUCUUUAUCUGUCUGGGAAUAACAUGGGUGGUGACCUUCUACUCAAAGGAUUGGGCACUCUAAAGAAUCUUGAAGAGUUGAGCAUCAGUGAAAAUAAUUUAAAUGGAGAUAUUGGGUUGUGUCUUCAAAAUCUAUUGCAUCUCAAUUAUUUUGAUAUCUCCUACAACCAAAUCCGAAUGCCUUUUCCUUCAACUAUCAUUAGAAACCUCACAAAACUCGCGUAUGCUUUCUUUUCAAACAAUUGCUUCAGGGGUGUCAUCUCAAUAAGUGAUUUUGCUAACAAUACUGAGCUAAAAGUGUUAGAUUUCUCUAACAAUAAUCAGCUAGAGGUCCAAUUUGAACAUAUAGGGUUGAUGCCAUCAUUUCAACUUGAUGGUAUUUUUUUAUCCAACUGCAUUGUCAAUAAAGGGUCUAGUUCAAUUCCCAUGUUUUUGUCCACUCAGUAUCAGAUAAAAUACAUUGAUCUUUCUAAUAAUAACCUUAGUGGCAACAUUCCGACAUGGUUAUUUCAAAAUAAAACUGAUCUACUUUAUCUAAAUUUAAGAAAUAACUCAUUAACUGGACCAUUGAUCAUCCCGUCUCGUCUCAAAAAUUUGUUAUGGUUUGAUGUAUCCAAUAAUAAACUCAUUGGAGAAAUACCUGUGAGCAUUGGCUAUGUGAUUCCUAGUAUAGGACAUUUGAACAUGUCUGAUAAUUUCUUGCAAGGUGUCAUCCCUUUCUCAUUUAAAAAUUUGAGUCAACUGAACACUCUAGAUUUAUCAAAUAACAGGUUAUGUGGACAAAUUUCUAAUUCUAUUGAAUAUUUAGAUAAACUUUUUGUGUUAGACUUAGCUAAGAACAAUUUUCAAGGAAAUAUGUUUAAAAAUAACUUUAACCUAACUUUCCUAUCAAGUUUUAUUGUUAAUAGAAAUCAAUUGAGUGGAGAAAUCCCAAGCAGUAUUUGCAAGAUGGUUGAGCUUGGAACUUUAGAUAUCAGUGAGAAUCAAUUGUUUGGUUCGUUGCCUAAUUGUAUGAACAAUUUGAUCUACCUUGAGGUUUUUCAUGUUGGAGGAAAUAAUUUAGAAGGAAAUAUACCAUCUACAUUUUGUGGUUUUCAAAAACUUAAAUCCUUGGAUCUCUCGAAUAAUCACUUCUCUGGUUUAGUUCCUUCUUGCUUCAAUUUGUCUAGCUUGUUGUAUUUGAAUUUGAAUGAUAAUAACCUCACAGGACCUUUUCCAAGUGCUUUUUUUGGCAACCCUCUGGAAGUACUAGACAUGGGAAACAAUCAUUUCAUUGGUGAUAUACCUAAUUGGAUAGACACCCUCCAAAAUCUAAAGAUAUUCUCUUUGAAAGGAAACCAUUUUAAAGGACCAAUCCCUGAACAAAUAUGCGACCUAAAAUAUCUUCGCAUAUUAGACUUUUCUCAAAACAAUUUAUCUGAAGAUAUUCCUCCAUGCGUUCAUAAUAUGGGCCAUAAUUUGGCUUCUCAGUAUCAGUUCCUGGAAGUGGUUGUAAUUGGCAUCGGUGGGACGAUCAUUCCCAAUGUUGUGAAACACUUCUCUUCAAUGCCUUAUGAUAUUGCAUUAUUUUGGACUUCUAUUGUGUACAUUGAUUUUGCAACAAAAGGUAGAUCAUAUACGUACAAAGGUGAUAUCAUCAGCUACUUUUCAGGACUAGAUUUGUCUUGCAACAAAUUGGUUGGUCGGAUCCCAGUGGACAUCGGCAACAUGACAUGGCUCCAAGCAUUAAAUUUGUCCAACAACAUGUUGUAUGGCCCAAUACCUAAUACAUUAGCAAGGUUGGUAGAGAUUGAAAGUUUAGAUCUCUCACACAACAUGCUAGAAGGAAGGAUUCCUUCACAACUAGCAGAGUUGCAUUUCAUUGAAUCUUUCUCAGUGGCAUAUAACAACCUCUCUGGCCCAACACUUGGGAUGGUUGGACAAUUUAGCACAUUCGAGGAGAAAAGCUACGAAGGGAAUCCUUAUCUUUGUGGCCCUCCCUUGGUGAAGAGUUGCAGUAAUAUAUCAUCACCACAACAAAAUCAAGUUAAAGAUGGCCACAAAAACGAAGAAACAAUGGAGCACCUUAUAACCAUUGCAAUUUUUGUUUUGGGUUUCAUUAUGGGCUUUUGGGGAUGGAUGGCUCUCCUAUUUUUCAAGAGAAGUUGGCGUUACUCUUUCUUUCUAGGGGUGGAUGGAUACAUGGAGGAUAUUGUUGACAUGGCUAGAAAUCUUCUAGCAAAGAUUAAAUCGCGUCUAUAGGCAUUGGUUGCCUUAUAUUUUAGCGGCAAAGCUUGUGCUUUAUUGUCAUUUUCUCUCUCUCUUAUUGGGAGCCUUAAUCACUUAGCUAGUUUGUGAUAGUCUAUUUAUGUUGUU